AACUAGCAGGUACUGGUAAAUCCUAUAUGAUACAUUUGUUACUAAAAGACCUUCAAAGAAUGCAUUAUAACUAUUUAUUAUUAAUACUUAUUAAAGUGGCUAUACAAAAUGAGUUAAAUAAUUAUCUCAUUCAAAUAGAUACUCUUAUUAUUGAAGAAGUUUCUAUGAUUGAUUUAGCCCAAUUACCUUCUGUUUCUGGUUAUCCGGUCUAUCAAUCUCUGAUAUGA